AUGGACACUGAGUUAGAAAAUGUUUUGGGGAACCUUAAUGAAGUAUCAAAGCUUCUGUUGAAUAAGAGUUUUCAAGAGGUUGUUAAUUAUUUCGAUAAACUUCUGAGAUCUGAUAAGUCAAAUAGAUUGAAUUCCCUUGAAGCACUUCUAGUAGGUGUCAGUAAACAUGAGCAGCUGUUAGAGAUAUAUGAGCAUGUUGUUGAUUUCUUAUGGUCAAAAGAGGUGGAUACUUCUAUUAGACUUAUAUUUUUUUCAUUUCUAAAUAAUAAUUUAGACUUUCUAGAAGAUUGGAAGGUUGAGCGUUUGUGCUUCCGAAUGAUUCGAAAACUAAUCUAUGUAUGCUCAGAGCCAUCACUUUUGUUCGAUGUUCUAGCCAGGGCAUUAGUGAAGCUGGAAAACUCUAAUACUGUUUUAAGUUCAAUGGUUGAUUCACUUUGUUCUGUAGAGUGGCACAACGACAAUAUUAUAUACUUAUUGGAUAUUUUCAGUAAUUAUAGCUUACAACAAAAGUCCAUGGAAAAGAUACUGGAAAAAGCUCUUUCCAAAAUUACUUCAUGGGAAUUAGAUAAACGACCAAUUUUUAUACAAAGUAUCCUAUUAUUUUCUUUCCCGAGAUAUAUGGAAUUCCUAUUCUUACAACUUACAUCACUUAUAUAUGGUAGUAGUAGUUGUCCGCCUGAAUCAUUUGAAGUUAUACGUGGCCAGUUAAUGAUGAAAAUAUUCUCAUUAGUUAAAGCUAAUCAACAGUUUGGAAAAACUAUUUUUGAAACUGUCAAGUGUUUGUCCAAAUCAUUAACUGGAUCGGAGUUCUAUUAUACCGUUUUAAUGACCUUACUCCCUAACCGAAGUACUCAAUCUGAAGCCACUCAAUUACUGACUACUUCUAUUUUAACGGGAUUUUCUGAUAGUCACUUGGUGUUAGAGUCGUCGUUUCUUCGUGACUUAUGCCGACUACCGGAUGAUCCUAAAGAAAUUAUCCUCAAACUUAGUGAACACUGCACUUCAAAACAAUGGGAGUUUACUGUUCAAGGAAUGAUCUUACUUGGUUUUACUCUUCUUCGAGCUGCAUGUUCAUCUUCAACCGGUUCUACAGUUAAUAAAUCAAGUGGACGUUUGUCAAAGUCACUAUCAACUUCACCUUUUCAAACUUAUGACACAUUAAAAUCACGUAUUUUAUGCUCUGGCUUAGAUUUACUUCUGCAUAUUUUCAAGCAUUGUCCUUGUUCACGAGAUGAAAUUAUUACAAUAAUUGCAAAUAUUAUAUGGAGUGAAUCAAGUCGAUCUAUAGCUCUUUAUGCAUUAGAUCUUCUAAGUAAUUUGGUCGCUGUAUUCCCUUUGGAGGUAGCAAUUCGAGCUAAUCGUUUAGAUUCAAUCAUUGAUUCAAUCGGGCUAAUACCAUUAUCGAUUUCAACUGCAUUAGUACAUGCUUUAUUACCAUUGAUACGUGCUGGUAGUUUAUUAGAAAUAGGAAAUAAUGUCGAUAGUGAAAAAAGUGACAAUCCGUUUGGUCAAGUUCGUAUGCGAAUAAUAAGUAAUUUGUGCAAAGCUGCUCAAUCACCAAGGAUACCUAGUCGAUGCACAGCGGUAGCUUGUUUAAUACUUUUAUUAAAACAUUUAAAAGUGCCAGUAUCAGCAUUUCGUUCAGCGUCACAACGUUCUUCAUCAUCAAGUUCACUAUCACAACCGUUUGUUUAUUCACAAUCUCAAGCAACACAAAGAAAUCCAUUAGUGUUAUUUAGUCAGUUACAAUCGACACAGAUUGCUCAACAAGCUGUCUUAUUACCAUGUGAUAUUGUACAAAAUGAAGUUUUGUGCACAGAAAUAAUCAGCAUACUUCAUCGUAUUAUAUUUUCAGCAUUUUUUCGUUCUCAACCAGGCAGUCUAUUAGCAGAUCCAGAGAAUAUCGUUAAGUCUAAUAUAUACUGGGAUAUUUUAAUUUGGUGUCUACAACUCAUCUUGACUUUACCAAUAUUUAAUUUAUCCUGGAAGCGGUUACAUUCUCGUGAGACUUCCAAUAGUGGAAGUGAAUUAUCACAAAUUUCUUCUGAUUUAUCCAGUGAAACUGCUAGUCAGUUUACACAAUCCACAUUAAACAAUUCCAUACAAUGCGGUCGUUUGGUUACUUAUCCUUUAUUCUCGAAAGCGGUUAAUUUACUGAUUUCCAUAUCAGACUCACUGCGCCUUUUGUCAAAAGAAGAUUUUGGGCUGACAACAGAAACUGAUUUUAGCUCAUCAGCUGUUGGGAAACUAAAUCGUGAUCGUGUUCAUCUGCUUAUCAAUAUUUAUGAUGCGUGUUUAGAAUUCGAAUUGAAAGAUCCGUUAGGCUGCGGUGUAACACAUAUCAAUAGUAAUAAUAAUCUUCAAUCACAAUUUACCAAUCAAAAUUCUGCUGGCCAACCAGCGUGGCUUCGUAUUCGUCAGUUGUUCGCCAAACGUUUAGUUUUAUUGAAUUUACUUAAUGGAAAACAUGGUGGGUAUGUUAUGUCUAGUCAAAACUACGGCAUCUUAUCACCACUAUCACGUCAUGGUUCAGAGUCUCGAUGUGGUCUUCUUAUUAUGAGCUUGGUUUCACUAUCACAAGCAAAUUUGAAGAGCAUCCUUAUUGCAAGUAUCAGAUCGGACUCAGUAAAUCCAUUAGCCUGUCAUGUAUUACAAACCAUUUCAAAUCGUUUAAAUCAGUUUACGCGUUGUGCUGAAGGGGACAUUCCAUGUGCGUAUCGUGAUGCGCUUAUUAGCGAGAUGGGUCCAAUUAUGAAGUGCGUGAUUCGUUUUUAUCAUUAUAAAAUAAUGCUUAAUGAAAAUUACAGUUCGCUUCCCAGUCAUACUCAGUCGACCAAUAUUACUACCACUAUUGGUAAUUCAGAAGAUAAUGAGUUAACCAACCAAUCAGACACAUCAAAAACUCGUCCAACAUCGUCUAUGUCAACUUCAUCAACUGCUUUGCAAGUUAUCAAUAAUGGUAUGACAUUAGCAUUACACUAUUUAGGCAUUCAAAGAUUGCAUAAAUUAUGCAAAAUUAUUUAUCCCGUAACUAAUGAUCCCGAUUAUACAGAGCAAAUGCUGAAUAAUAAUUCUGAUGUGCCAUGUGAUUCUGAAGAUAAUGUAGAUGAUGAAUCUUUGGAAUCUAUGAUUGCUGAGAUUACACCGGCUCAAGCUCUUUCAACCUUCAUUAAGUUAGUUAAGUCAUGGGUAACCAAAGUCUUAAAUCCAGCCGGUGCUGCUAAUUCGUCAACGCAAAAGUUAACUGCUGUUAAUUUUCCUCAUGCUAAAGAUCUAGUUAUUUUAUUACCAUUACUUGUCAAAUUAUGCCGUGCUCGUGCUUCCAUAGGUUCUGAAGUAACAAUUCCAGAUGUGAAUAAAAUCAAUCCAUAUUCAGGUUUAUCUCGUGUUUUAGCCUGGCUUUUACGAUUAAUGCGUGCUCCAAUUCCAUUACGUGGUUCGUCAGAAAUAAAUAGUACAAAUGUUCUUGCCACAUCAGCACGUGUUCAAUUAAUUAAUCAAGCUAUUUGGUUGGCUCAUCUUAUCGGUUCAAAUUCCUUGCCUCAUAAUCCACAAACUCCAGAUGCUGAAUUAGCAUUGGAUGAUUUGAUUCUUGCAUUAUCUAGUGAUUUGACCACUGUUCUGGGUAAUGUGGCCGGUGUAAAGGAUAUUAGUUUAGUACCAGAUGAUAAAGAAUUAACAGUCACUUAUCCUCUGGUUACUCGUUCUUCUGCUCUAUCUAUUUUACCACUGAUUUAUUCUUCUAUAAAACAUUCAAUUCAUGAAUAUGAGUGGUUUUUAACAAAUAUUUCUAUUGAUUGUGCUGGUCGUUUAGAUAUGAAUGAUGGGAAAGGAUCUAAAGAUAUUGAAAAUAAAUUAGAUGGAAAUGAAAAAGAAGAAUCAUUUUGUUUACGUUUAAUUGGUCUUGGAGAAAUUUUAGCUCAACUAUUACAAACUGCAUUACCAGCCCCAAGUGCUCAUGUAGACACAUUAUUGGAAAUUGGAGCUUCAGUGUUCAAUUUACUUAGCCGUUUAACAAAAUAUUAUUUACGAAUUGUCCGACUGAGAUAUGGUCGCUUCCCAGUAAUUUUUGAACGAUUAGUUCGUGUUUACGGUAGAGAAGUUGCUCCACGUGCAUAUGUAUUAUUUUCUUAUAUACAGAAUUCAGAAAGUGAAAAGAUUAAAGGUUUUCAAGAAAACAAGAAUUUGAAAAAGAAGUCAAACGAGAAGAAUGACUGUGAACCGAAAAAGUCAAAGUCUACUGGUGGAAUUUCUCAGGCAUUAAUUUCUCGUACUAUCAAAGAUUCUCGCCUAAUUCCACAAUUAAUAUAUGCUAUUGAACAAUAUGAACGAUUUUUAAUGCAAUUGUCGAAAAAGUCUAAGAUUAAUCUUAUGCGUAAUGUCAAAUUGAGUACAGCACGAGAUUUUCGUAUUAAUCAAGCUGCAGUGAUUGCCAGUUUAGAACAAUCUACUGCUUUGAGUCUUAGUAGUCUUAGUGAUAACAGUGAACCCGAUGAAGAUACUGAGAAUUUAAACAAUGACGUUAUAAAUGCUAAUGAUCCGACUGAGAGAGAAGAGGAAGAUACCAAUCGUAGGAGUGAUAGUGAUAAUGAUGACGAUAAGCAGCACCGUAGUAGCCAUUAUCAAGAUGAUAAUCAUGUUUCUGGUGAUGAAAAUAAUGUGUGUGACGAUAUCGAUUCACAUAAUGUAAUGCAUACUAAUGAUAUAGAUGAAAAUGUAGAAAACAUUUCAUCGAAUCACCUAUCUAAAUCACGUACUACUGUAACACCUGCUUGGGGUCGUCAGAUCAAUCCAGUAUCACAACGUAGAUCAGCAUUGAAAAGAUCAUUGCAAUCAAUUAAUAAUAAUAAUAGCAAUAGUAAUGAUAAUAAUAAUAAUAACCAGUCAACAUGUGAUGCGAAAGCGAAAAAGCCAAAACUCUGAACAUAUAUCUUUUUGGAAAUGUCGUUUGUUAAAGAAACUACGAAAUAGACAAGAUUUUUAAUUCUAUUUAUUGUAUGGGUUUUAGAUUUUUUGUGUGUUUUUCUUCUUAUCAUUGAGAUUUAUAAAGAAAUAUACGUUUUUAUUUCUU